AUGGUUAUGGAGGAGCUGACAUCAAAAGAUCAGGCCGAGGUUGAUGACAUACCACACAGUGAACUCCCUACGGUUGUUGCCCAGCAUGAGAAGCUCAGCAUUCUGACGUGGCUUCGCAUUUGCCUUGUUGGGCUCGCAAUUUUCGGCACUUCCUGCUCAAUGACCCUACAUUACGUCGCUGGGAACCCCAGUCGCACUCGUUUGCCCUUCCUGAUAGUCGGAGCAGCUCUACUGAGUGCAUCUACAGUGGUGAUAGGAUAUUCACUCGAGUUAGGAGAACUGCUAGGUGAUCGAGGUGCUUCUCAUACCAUCGGUCUGGUUAUUUUCAUAUUGAUAUUCUGGGUUUACGAUGCCGCCUCGAAUAUAGUGAUGGUCGUCAGCCGAUCGGCUCUCGUCGAUCUAGCUCCUACACAAUACGUUUCCACCGGUUUCUUUAGCCAAACCAUCGUGAGCGAAUUUGGAGGAAUGUGUGGGAGCUAUAUUGCCUCCCAGGACUGGUCUGGGGUAACCGGAGUAAAUCUAGGUUCUCAAGAUGCCGCAACGAGUCGUCGCUGUCACACCUUGCUUGAGUUCUAUCGCCAGAUCCGAUCUACUCCAACAGCCUACCAUACAGUCCUCCUAGCCAUGAUGUUCUCGUGGAUCGGAUGGUUUACUGCUAUAAUCUACCGCUCGCACUUCAUAGCUGUUGAGGUCCUCCCAAAUCCUCUCAACGAUGAUCAAAUCUAUGAACUGAAUCUACAGACCGCAGCUCGCGGUAUGUUCUACGGCUCCAUCUUGUCAGUGUCAACUUCAGCGAUCUUCUCCGCCCUAGGACUCCGCUACUCUGAUGCAUUAAAUCCCCGUUUGUGGCUUAUCUGGGGUGCCGCACUCACCGGCCUAGGGGCCAUUCUGAUCCUGUCCAUGUUCUUCGCCGUUGGCCUUUUCCCUGGAACAACAGGUGGCGUUCAAGCUUGGUUGGCUGUGGUCGGCCCCAUAGGGGCUCUCUCAAUGUCGAUUCCCUUUGCUCUCACUGGUCGGAUCUCAAGACGGCUUGUCGACAGUACGGCAACAGCAGGUUUAAAGUCAGGCCUCUAUAUGGGCGCCCUGAACAUCGCGAUGUGUUUGCCGCAAAUACUGGUUUCAUUACGACUCCGUGUCGCUGACUAUUGGUGGGCUGAGCUCCCUGGUAGCAGCAGGUCUACUUCUGAGGAGGAAGUACUGAUACGUAGAUACGCGUUUGUGACCAAAACUAGGCUCACUGAGAGAAGUGAUAGCGGACAUACUAUGUGUGCUACACCACUCAUCCCACACUAUGUGUCUCCCCCUGCUCAACCCCCUCGGGGAUGUGGAACAAGCGAAUACAUGCGAGAUGGUACCACGGAGCAAGUGGAAGGAAGAUCAAUUCUGUCGGGUGGGGCGGCUAUGCCACUCCAUAAUAUGAAGGAGUACAAACAACCUCGCAGGAGCAAGUGGAAGGAAGAUAAAUUCUGUCGAGAGCAAGUGGAAGGAAAAUCAUUUCUGUCGGGUGGGGCGGCUAUGCCACUCCAUAAUAUGAAGGAGUACACUCAACCUCGCAGGAGCAAGUGGAAGGAAGAUAAAUUCCAUCGAAACGAUUGA